CUUAAUUGUUUUUUGUUGAUUCAAAUUCUAAAUCUUUUUUACAUUUGCUUUUUCUUUGCUGCCUUUUUUAAAUCUCUGAUCAGAUUUCAGAAACCUCCUCUCAAACACCUUGUCUUCCUAACAAAGAAUCUAUCAUUUUUCUACUUCUUUUUUUAUAUUUGUUUUUCCAAAAUCCCAACAUUACCAUUUGCAAUUAUAGCACCAAAGAAGGGGGGAGAAAAGUUUUUUUUUGUACACCCUUUAUGCUUCAGGCUAACGGGUGUCGUAAGAUCAAGUGAAAAACAGAAGAAAUGGGAGACCCUGAUUUGAUCAAAGGUGGUGGAUUUACGUUUCCAUGUGAUACAGUUUUGCACUUAUGCAUUCUGUUUUUUUAACAUUUUGGUGGUGGUGGUGAUGCUUUCAUUUGUAGAGUGAAUUUGGAAGAGUUGUGUUUUUGUACAAGGAAAACCUGGCGUUUCUGCAUAGCGUCUACCUCUGCCACUGCAGAAAUUGGCUUAUCAAGUAAUGGGGGGUAGAUGGAACCCAAUUAGAUUCCAUUUGUUCAAAUUCUUCUUAUUGAUUCCAAGUUUCGUCAUUGAAGAGUCUUUGGCCAUUAACUCUGAUGGUUCGGCUUUAUUAAAAUUUCGAGCGAGAAUUGGCUGUGAUCCUUAUGGUGCUUUAUUGAACUGGAAUUCCAAUGAUAGCACACCAUGCAUGUGGUUGGGGGUUCAUUGUGUUGACAGUAAAGUGCAAAUGUUGGAUUUGGGUGCCCUUUCUUUGGAAGGAACGUUGGCGCCUGAGCUGGGGAAAUUAAGCGACUUAAGAUCACUUGUGCUCUAUAAAAACCAUUUCUCGGGCGCCAUCCCAAAGGAGUUUGGUGAGCUUACAAAGCUGGAGCUAUUGGAUUUGAGGAAAAAUAACUUGAGUGGAAUGAUUCCAUCCGAGAUACUCAACAUGCUGUCUCUAAAACACUUGUUACUUGGUGACAACAAAUUUGACAGCUGUAUUCCUUCAGAUCUCUGGAAACUAAAUUUGCUCUCCGAACUGCAGUUAGAUGAAAAUCUUAUGCCAACGUUGACUGCUGGAAUUGGCUGUGUAAAUAGGAAGCUUGGACUUCGGUUUAAGUUGCAAAAGGACUCUUUGGCUGAGAAUCAAGACCGUUGCUGCAGUGAUGUAGCUAGUUCAUCUGUGCAAGAAAUGGACCAUGAUGGCCUUAGGAAUGUUGUCCCUUUUGAACGUCGUAAGCUGGUUGAGCAGUCAAAGAACCUCCCGGCUGUACCUGCUCCUGCUGUGCCUUCCACUGAACAGAUCAUUUCCGUCCCAACUAUCAGUAGUGGGACUUUCUCUGCUGUGCCCAAAAAAAAGAAUCGUGAACGGGCACCACCAGUUGAUUCUACUCCUCAAGGGUCUACUAAUUCAGAGCCUGUUGACCAGUCAUCCGAAUCCUCUGAAGCAGAGCCACUUGCUCAAGCAGGCUCUGGAAACUUGUGGAAAUAUCUCAUUGCAAUUCUGUGUGUGGUCAUCUUGCUUGUUAUUGUGGUUGUGGUCAUCAGGUAUCAUAAACGGGCAGAACAAACUACAGGUCCUUGGAAAACUGGACUAAGUGGACAACUGCAGAAAGCUUUUAUUACAGGGGUGCCUAAGCUAAACCGGUCUGAACUUGAAGUAGCUUGCGAGGAUUUUAGCAAUAUAAUUGACAUGAUUGGUGGUUGUACAGUGUAUAAAGGGACUCUUUCCAGCUGUGUUGAGAUUGCUGUUGCAUCAAUUAGUGUUUCAUCUUUAAAGGAGUGGUCAGAUAACUCAGAAAUAGCCUAUCGGAGAAAGAUCGAUUCACUGUCAAGAGUUAACCAUAAGAACUUUGUCAACCUUAUUGGCUUCUGUGAGGAGAAUGAACCAUUCAGUAGGAUGAUGGUUUUUGAAUAUGCUCCGAAUGGAACCCUUUUUGAGCAUCUGCACGUCAAAGAAAUGGAGCACCUUGAUUGGACUGCAAGGGUGAGGAUCAUCAUGGGUGUAGCCUAUUGCCUCCAGUAUAUGCACGAUGAUCUCAAUCCUCCCUUACCUCAUUCAAACUUAAGUUCAAAGACCGUCUUUCUGACAGAUGAUUACGCCGCAAAGGUUGGAGAAAUUGCUAGUUUAGAAGGUAUAACCAAGUUAAAAUCCUCAGGUGAUGGUGAAUCAGAGCAUUCCGAGUUGCCACCAGUUGUUGAUCAGGAAUUGAAUGUAUACAGCUUUGGAGUAUUGUUACUUGAAAUCAUUUCUGGAAAGCUUGCUUACUCGGAAAAGCAGGGACCUAUCGAGAAAUGGGCCAGUGAACAUUUGAAUGAUAAAGGGAGCAUCAGCAAGAUGAUCGAUCCGAUCCUUAAAUCUUUCAAAUAUGAGGAGCUUGAGGUAAUCCGUGAUGUGGUACGCGAGUGCCUCCUAUCAGAUCCAAGGCAAAGACCAACAAUGAAGGAUGUCACUUCCAAAUUGAGGCAAGCCAUUAACAUCGCCCCUGAGCAAGCUGCACCAAGACUUUCCCCCUUGUGGUGGGCUGAACUAGAGAUUUUAUCAAUGGAGGCAACCUAGUCUCUCUUUGACCUCUCUUCUGUGUUGUAAGUCAAGCUCUCACUCUCUCUCACUUCGCCUCGAACCGGAAAGAAUUAGCUUUAUCGUCCUCCCCCACCCCACCCCCGAAAAAUAGUCCUUAUCCCUUGUAAUUGGUUUCCAAUUUUUGUGUCUUUGCUUUCAUAUACACACGCAUCAUACUUCUCCAGUCCUUCAAUCCUUUCAUUAUUGCCACCACUACCAUUGCAAUAGAUGUGUAUUUUAUACU